AUGGACGCUGUGACGAAGAGGAGGAUAAAGUACGAAGAUGAGGGAUAUUUCACGCAGAAGAACGGUGAACUUACACGAGCAAUCGUGAGUGAGGUCUUCCGAAGGCGCGCGCACACGGCAUUCUGCUGGGUCAAAGGUCACAAUGGCCAUCCUGGGAAUGAAGCGGCAGACGCUCUCGCUGGGGCUGGAGCGAAGAAGAACCGGGAGGAUCAAAUUAGCCUUGAAGAAGACCCGACAACCCGAUUAACGGGCGCAAAGCUAACAAAACUCACGCAGAAACUGGCGUACAAGGUAAUACGAGCGCGCAAAGCUGCGAAAACGAAAGCAAGGCCGAGGACGGCGGAACGGGUAGAACGCAUAAUGAAAGACCUAGACGAGGACUUUAAAAUUCAAGUGACGGAGGCACACCUGUGGACGAGCCUCAGGAAGACGUACGUGUCGAAAGAAGCGCGCCAAUGGAUGUGGUUGACGAUCCACGACGGAUACAUGGUCGGUUCACAUUGGCUAAGGCCGAAAAUGAGCGACGAGUUGCGUGAACGAGCGUCCUGUAAAGCAUGCGGUCAGCUGGAAUCGAUGGAACACAUCCUAUUCACAUGUAACGCAUGUGGGAGAGAGGUCAUAUGGAAGCUGUUGAGCGAGCUGUGGGAAAGCACGGGCCUGCGACCGCCUAUACCAUCGUGGGGCUCAGUUCUGGGAGCAGCGUGUGUAGCAAUGAGAUCCCCAAACGGUGCACGACAACCGGCGCUAGAGCAAAGAUGGGCGACACUCGCCAUCGAGUCCGCUCGACUAAUAUGGAAGCUCAGAUGUGAAAGAGUGAUCGCGAAGAACGGUGAUGAAUUCCCUGAGGUGGAAGUAACAAAUCGCUGGUACGCUGAACUAGAAAGACGACUACACCUAGACCGAAGGAUAGCGGCGCUAUCCCAUGGGAAGAAGCGUAAGAAACAUAUACGAAGACUGGAGGAAGUCUGGAGCCCCCUACUUGCUGAACGGGGGAAUCUACCACCCAACUGGGUAACGAAAAGCGAGGUUUUAGUGGGUAUUAAGCGAGGGAAUGGAUGA